GAAUUUUUGAUUUUGAAACCAAGAAACAACGUAUACAAACUCUUUCGGAUUCACAAAUAUGUGUUUCUAAUUCAGCUUUUACGGAAAACGGAAACAUAAUUAUGAUUGACUUUGAAUCAUGUAGAGCAUAUCUCUUUGUUCCGGAGGGAACAGGAAAUUCUCUCAAAUUGGAUGCAUUACAAAAUGGGAUAUUAAGAAUCUAUCAUUUUGAAGUACACUUUUUCCUGAACAGCGCUUACUUGGUUCAAAACGCAAAGUUGAUCACUAAAGCUGAAAAGAAAACCGCUAAAAAAAUAGCACUGAAUGAUCGCACUAAUAAUGAAGAAACUUCAUCUGAAUUGAAAAGUUAUGAUGACCAAUUAUUAUUAGUACACGCAACAAAACUCUCGGAAAAAGGAACUAGUUCACAUAUAAUUAUUUAUUUGGCCAAUAAUGGAAUGAAGUUAGUAGCUUAUGCUUACCCUGAAUCAAUAAUUAUCGAUUCAUUUGAUAUCAUUGCAUCCAGGGUUGGAGAGCAAUCUGUUAUGGCUGAUAAACUUUUUGAAGUUGGUUCUUUUAAAUUUCAGCACCCAUGUGUCAUAAUAUUUGAUGAAACUGAUAAAGUUGAUAAGGUUAUAGGUUUUAUUGAUAACGAUUUGUUAAUUAAAAAAUUGAUUAAUGAAGAUUGGAUUAAAUACUUACGGGAAGAAUUGAAAGAUUACAAUAGAAUCGUAAUACCUUCUGCAGAAUCUCUAAAAGAUUUGAUAAAGGAUUCGAAAGAGCGAGAAAUGAUGUUAGCUACAUGGGAAAAUCCAAAAUUUAUACUAUGCAAAUGUCUUCACAAUGAUGAUUUAGUUAUGAUUACAUAUACGGACGUAUAUGUCUGGACACUUAAUACGGAAAAAAUUCAAUUAAUUUAUUAUUAUUCAGAAAAAGAAGGUAGUCAAACGGUUUUUAAGGAUUUAGCAUUUACAGAUAGCUUUCUUCCGCCACCAUAUAUUGGGGCAGUUAUUUAUAGGAAAGGUUUUAAUUUUGGUGAUCAAGAUCAUUUUAAAGAACUAUUAGAAACAUAUACUAAAGAAGAAUUUUAUUUAGCAGUCUAUGGAUCCCAUGUUAUGAAUAAGAUUGUCGGUUUUCAAGAUUAUGUUUUGGCAGAAAAUUUCUGCAAAAGUUGUAUUGAAAUAAAUUUCAAGGACGAAAAUGAUCCGACACCGAAUAUCCAAUUAUUUGGUAUAAUUUCUCAAUUUAUUUCAAAAUUAUCAGAAGAUAACUCAAUGUUUGUUGAAGGCUUUGUGUCAGAAAUUUCAUAUUUUAUGACUUUUGACAAAUACUUUUUAACACAAAAUUUAUCAAAAGUAACUGGAAUAGAACACCUCCAUGAAUUUGGAUUUAUCAUAUUCGCAUUUGCCCACUCUUUACAUCUUUUAUUACGACCUGCUACCGAAGUGUCUUUAGAUUAUCCAAGUUAUUCAUCUGAUCCAAAUGAUCCUUGGAAUUUGGUUACAACAUAUAAUUCAAUAACUUCGAAUAAUACUAUUGAAGAAAAUCCAUCACUUAUUGAACCACCAGAUGCAAAUACAAAUAUGUUUAUGUGGUUUGAUUCAUCGAUUUUGGCAGUUUAUGUAAUGCUUACAGGCGAUUCGACCCCCAUUUCAUAUUGGACUUUGCGUGAUAAUUAUUCUUUAACUGUAAUAAUGGUUCUAUUUUCAUUUUUCACAACCAUUUAUUUAAUGAAUCUGUUUAUCUCAUUACUUGGCAAUGCAAUUGAUGAAACGACUACAAGAGAAUCUUUUCUAACACUAAGAGCAGAGGUUUCACCAAUUCUUUCAAAUGCAAUUCAAGGAGAAGCCGGAGAACUUGAUAAAAAAUUGCAAAAACUACAUGAUAAAGUAGAUCUUCUACAAAAUGAAAUGAAAGAAAUGAAGGAGGAGAUACUUAACGCACUAAAGAAUAGAGCGUAG